AUGGGUAAAACAUCCAUCCGUCUGGCUCGUUUCCUCCAUAAUGCCAAUAUUCCAUUUCUGCUGGCCUCGCGGCGCGGUUCUGCAGCGGCACCACCAGGCAUGCCAGCGGUGACCUUCAACUGGUUGGACAAAUCUACCUGGGAGCGACCAUUUCGGUGUCAGUUUGUGGAAAGCGUAAGUAUGUUGGCGAUCUAUCUCAUGGAGCCGUUGGAGCCGGAGCCAUGGAAGCCCCUGAUUGAGUUCAUCGAGUGCGCGCGGGAACCACACAGUU